UAUAAACCUGCCUCUUGAUUUUGAGUGUUCGGCAGCAAACAUGGACACUACCUCUCUUCUCGUUAUCCUUUCGCUGAUUCUUCUCGGGUAUCUCUACCUCAGAAGGAGGAAGCUCCACGCCAACCUUCCCCCGGGACCCUGGAGUGUACCGAUUUUCGGAAGUCUGCCUUUCUUGGGUAAAGACCUCCGAAAGGAGGCGCUGCGGAUGUCCAAGGAAUUCAACUCUGACCUCAUUACGAUCAGUCUGGGACAACAACUCUGCAUACUACUCAAUUCAUUCGAUUCGAUAAAGGCGGUGCUGUCAGGCGAGGAUUUCUUGGACAGACCCAACAUCGUCUUCUUCCUGUCUCUCAACAAAAAAGGCAUUGGCAGCGCUGAUGGCCAACUAUGGAAAGAACAUCGCCGGCUCUCGCUCUCGGUGCUACGAGAUAUGGGCAUGGGCAAGAUGGCCGCCGAAGAAAAAAUCGAAGAGGAAAUCCAUCAACUCAUUGACGAAAUUGGGAAGAAGGGAGGCAGGAGUUUCGAGAUCGGUCCAUUACUAACCAUGGCGACUGCGAACAUAAUCUUGGCGACUUUGGUUGGCCAGAGGUAUGACUAUGAGGAUCCGGAAUUUCUAUAUUUCGUCACGCGAUUCAAAGAAAACCUCGCUCUGUUGCCAAACGAAUCCUUGCUGAGUAUAUUUCCGUCAUUGCGCCACAUACCGGGAGACCUCUUCAACUAUGCCACGAUCAAGAAGAACAUUCGGUCCGCGCAGGGCUUUGCGGUGAAACACAUCAACGAGCACAAGAAGCGCUUUGAUCCUGAUAAUAUUGCUGAUUUCCUCGAUGCAUACAUUGCUGAGAAAGAAAAGCAGGACAAGAAGGAUCCAAACAACACAUUUACAGGUAAACACCUCCGAAUGGAGGCGAUGCAGAUGUCCAAGGAAUUCAACUCUGACCUCAUUACGAUCAGUCUGGGACAACAACUUAUGUUAUGUUAUGUUAUGUUGGACAGACCCAACAUCGUCUUCUUCCUGUAUCUCAACAAAAAAGGUAUUGGCAGCGCUGAUGGCCAACUAUGGAAAGAACAUCGCCGGCUCUCGCUCUCGGUGCUACGAGAUAUGGGCAUGGGCAAGAUGGCCGCCGAAGAGAAAAUCGAAGAGGAAAUCCAUCAACUCAUCGACGAAAUUGGGAAGAAGGGAGGCAGGAGUUUCGAGAUCGGUCCAUUACUAAGCAUGGCGACUGCGAACAUAAUCUUGGCGAUUUUGGCUGGCCAGAGGUAUGACUAUGAGGAUCCGGAAGUUCUAUAUUUCGUCACGCGAUUCAAAGAAAACCUCACUCUGAUGCCGAGCGAAUCCUUGCUGAGUAUAUUUCCGUCAUUGCGCCACAUACCGGGAGACCUCUUCGACUAUGCCACGAUCAAGAAGAACGUUCGGGCCAUGCAGGGCUUUGCGGUGAAACACAUCAACGAGCACAAGAAGCGCUUUGAUCCUGAUAAUAUUGCUGAUUUCCUCGAUGCCUACAUUGCUGAGAAAGAAAAGCAGGACAAGAAGGAUCCAAACAACACAUUUACAGAUGAGCAACUGAAGAAUGUUAUCUUCGAACUCUUCGGGGCCGGAAGCGACACUACCGCCACCACUCUAGAAUGGGCGAUACUACUCAUGGUCACUCAUCCUGAAAUACAGCGGAAGAUCCAAUUCCGAGAUGUAUCGUUCCAGAAUUUCACAAUCCUCAAAGGCACCAUAAUGAUGCCAAAUAUCUGGGCCGUACACAGGGACCCUAAGAUUUGGAAGAACCCUGAUGCUUUCGAUCCCAGCAACUUCCUGGAUGACAAAGGUGGAGUUGUUCGCAAACCCGAACUCAUACCUUUUGCUAUCGGUCGGCGUCAAUGCCCAGGCGAAGGACUUUCGAAAAUGGAGAUAUUUCUCGUCUUGGUGGCGCUUCUUCAGAGGUUUACGUUUACGAAACCAGAGGGCGCUGCACCUCCAAGUCUUGAAGGGGUGUUCGGUGUGACGAACGUGCCAGCCCCAUUUGAGAUGUGCGUGAGGCCGAGAUCGACGGGCUAACCAUUGACUCUCAGAGUGAUGGGCGAUCGUAUAAUGAAGAUGCCGCGUGAUUUUUUAGUCACACUGUAUACUUUUCAGAAUAAAGCUGAUAGUGAUUUUCGAAAUAAAAGAUAGUUUGCAGGGUGAUUGAUAUAUAAU